AUGACGAUUGGCUCCAAGUUCAGCCUGCUCGCGGGCACUCGAAAGACCGAUGGGCCUACUGAGAUAUCCGCCUCAUCUCCUCCAGACGUCGAGACUCCCUCUGCCGAGAAAACAGCCACUGCAAGCGCAGGUAACAAGGAAGUUGGCAUCAACGACAACAGCAGCGAUGAGGCACUCCCCUCGCAACAUGUCCAGACUGGUGUGCAGAAGAUCCAGGCUGUGACUCUUGUUUGGUCCAAGUGGUCCCUUGUUGCCGUUUUUUGUCUCCUCUGGCUUGUUACCCUCGCCAACGGCUUCAGACAAUCCAUUCUCUACAGUUUGACCCCCUAUGCCACCAGCAGUUUUCAGAGCCACUCGCUCUUGACCGUUAUCAAUAUCGUGUCCAGUGCCAUGGUGUCUGCACUGUACAUCCCUGUCGCCAAGGUCGUCGACGUCUGGGGCCGGGCGGAGGGGUGGCUGGUCAUGGUGGGCCUUUCCACACUCGGGCUGAUCAUGAUGGCUGCGAGUAAGAAUCUAGAGACAUAUUGCGCGGCGGACGUCUUCUACUCCGUCGGAUUCGCCGGAAUGAACUAUAUCCUGUGUGUCCUGGCGGCAGAUAUCACGAACCUGCGCAAUCGUGGUAUUGCAUUUGCCUUCACAUCAUCUCCUUACAUGAUUACUGCUUUCGCCGGAUCUAAAGCGGCUGAAAAGUUCCUGGUCAACGUCAACUGGCGCUGGGGUUUCGGUGCCUUUGCCAUCAUCUUUCCCUUCGUCGCCUCGCCCGUCUACUUUGUCCUGAAAGUUGGCCUCAACCGCGCCGAAAAGCAGGGCAUCAUUCAACCUCGCCUGAGGAUGAGUUUCCAGUUUAAUUCUAGGUCCCAACAAACUCACAUCUCUGACUGGAUCACUGCAGUCCCUGGUGUCAUUCUCCUAGCUGGCGGGCUGACCGUAUUCCUCCUCCCUUUCACACUUGCGACUCGCGCCCCCAACGGGUGGAAGUCUGACUACAUCAUCGCGAUGAUUGUGACGGGCUUCGUGGUCAUGGUCCUCUUCGUGCUGUAUCAAGCAUACUGGGCGCCGCAGCCCUUCCUCAAAUACGAGUUCCUGACCAACCGCACUGUCCUGGGCGCUUGUCUCAUUGAUGCAACCUACCAAAUGUCCUACUACUGCUGGAACUCCUACUUCAACUCCUUCCUGCAGGUCGUCUGUAAUCUCCCCGUUGCAGAGGCAGGUUACGUAGGCAGCACUUUCCAGGUCGUCUCAGGCGUCCUCUUGUUCAUGGUUGGCUUCGCCAUCCGCAAGACCGGCUACUUCCGCUGGCUACUCUUCAUCGGUGUCCCGCUGUAUAUCUUCGCGCAGGGACUUAUGAUCCAUUUCCGCCAGCCGAAUCAGUAUAUCGGUUACAUUGUCAUGUGUGAGAUCUUCAUUUCCAUUGGCGGGAGUAUCUUCGUGCUGCUUCAACAACUUGCUGUCCUUGUCGCCGUUGAUCAUCAGUACGUUGCGGCCGCGUUGGCCGUCCUGUUCAUCUCCGGCGGUAUUGGAGGUGCUGUCGGGAAUGCGAUCUCUGGCGCCAUCUGGACGAACACUUUCCUUCCCGCGCUGAUGAGGAAUUUGCCCGAGAGUGCGAAGGCGAAUGCGGUGGCCAUAUAUGGCGAUCUGAGAGUUCAGCUUUCGUACCCUGUGAACUCGCCAGAGCGGAUCGCCAUCCAGGAGAGUUACGGGUAUGCGCAAGCCAGGAUGUUGGCUGCCGGCACGGGCCUGAUGGCGCUGAUGUUUAUCUGGAUGUUCAUGGUCAAGAAUUAUAAUGUCAAGAACAUGAGCCAGACGAAGGGAAUGGUGUUCUAGACACCGCACUCGGGUGUUGAUGGGUUAAAUGUGGCUGAGUAAGAUGUUAUGGGUUAAGCAAUCCACUUAGAAAAUGUUGGGAAUUGUUUGACAGAGCAUUUGCAUGUUCAUAUCUGGCUCACGCAGUAUAUCUAAUUCUAAUCCCUACAUAC